AUGGCAGAUCUGAGGGAGGAGGACCAGAACCAGGAAAUGCUGUCAAACACUUCCAGCUCUCCAGCUGUAUCCAAAGUAGAAGUAAACAUCCAAGAACAACACACAAGGCCUAUUGUUUCCCAGGGCAAGGGUAUUGUCAUCCAUUUAACUUCACCGACAAACAGUGAGGACCGGGCAAAUUUAGGAGAAAAUGAACCAACCUCUUCAAAAGCCAAAGAGUAUGUUGGAGUAACUCCAGCAGUGGAUAAAGAAGGAACAUCUGAACUGAAUAUUCCCUUUUCUGAGGAGUACCUAAACUUAUCGUUGCCAGCUUCGUCCCUGCCUUCCUCCCCUUCUGUUUCUGGAUUUUUAGGUGAAUUAUUUUUCCCAUCAGUCUCAUCCCCUGUGUCAUCUUCAUCAAACUCCUGCAGUUCUUCAGAAUCAACACCUUUUAUUAGUUUAGUUAAAUCCCUGUCUACAGAAAUUGAAUCCAGAGAUACAUCUUCCCUGAAACCGAAGCCUUUGCUAAACCUUGUUAAGUCUAUCUCCACUGAAAUUUCACGCUAUGAGCCAGAGUUUACGCAAUCAAAAUCAGACUCAAAGCUAAAUUUGCACCUUUGGCGCCAGUUAACUCAGCCCAAGGGAAGAAAUGGUGAUUCAAAAACAGCUCCACCAUCACCUCUGCUUUCACCCACAGAAUGUAAAAUUAGUUUUUUCAAAGUUCCUGAAGUAGAAGCCAAACUAGAAGACACAAAAAGAAAACUUUCAGAGGCUAUACAAGAACCUUUGAAUAUGCUGAGCAAGAUGAUAGGAGAUGAAAGUGGUGGAAGCCCCAAAUUUAGACCAUCACAAUCAAAUGCGUGUAGCACUGAUUCCUUCUAUGUUGCUGGACCUGAACACUGCAGCAAUGAUACUGGUAGUAAGAAUGUAAGAUCUGGGCUUGAGAAGUUCAGAAUGGAGAUACUUAAAACAGAAAGGAAGGAGAGUGAAAGGCCAUCUAAUACACAGAGUUCUCCAGGAAAAUAUGCAAAAGGAAAGCAGAGGAAACAAUGUCUAUCCUUUACUCAAAGUUAUGGGGACAACAAUGGCACUAGGUAUGAGAUCUGCUCAUAUGGAGAUGUGCUACAAAUUGUAGAAACAAAGCCCAGUGAAGACAACACAUUGUACAGUGAUGAACCAAUGUUCUCCUACUCUGAUAGAACCUUGUCUCGACAGUCUUCUCCAAAAGUACCAUGUAAAACUCUGAUAUGUUUUGCCACUCUCGCUUACAGCUAUUUUGUAUUACCAUUACCAUCGUUCUUCUCUGGCCUCUAUUUAGGACUUGCCUGUGGAUUUAUGAUCGGCCUGCUAAUUAUCUCACUGCACACACCUAGGCCCUCGCAACCUACCCCUGUAGCCCUCCAAAGUUAUGAAAAUCUUCAAUCAGAUAACAUAAUUAGGGAACCCAAGGACCCUGAAGUUGUGAAGGGCUGGAUGAAUGAAAUCUAUAACUACAAUCCUGAGACCUACCAUCCAUCCCUGACUUUUUCAGUCUUUGUGACACUAGAGGGUACUGCACUGAAACUCUCAUAUCCGAGAAGCAACCUCCCUCGACGAGCAACCUUUGAUGAAGGCAAGCAUGAUGUGAUUUUCAUCAGUCAUCGAUCCUGUGACCUUGCUGACAGCAAGAUUUUUCUCGUCCCACCUGGCCUUGCAAAGAAGAGAAUGUGGAAUAAGAAGUAUCCCAUCUGUAUUUUCCUCAGUGAGUCUGAGGUCUACAAAUCCAAAUGUUCUGGAGAUAGAAAAAUGAAGACUGACAUAGACACUGAAGAUCCAGAAAUCGCACAACAGAGACUGACAACAGAGUUCCAGAUGAGAGCUCUCAGAGAAGGCAGGGAAAAUGCACUCUUCCUCUUUGGAAGAACGGGAAGGGAAAAAGAAGAAUGGUUUAGAUAUUUCCUUCUGGCUUCUAGAGUACAGUCUGAGGACAGACAGAGCCACAGCAGAGGUAGUGCAAAACCUGGUCUUGCAUCAAAUCUUGGCUCCAGCCCAUCAGGGCGAUUGGUUUACAGUGACAGUAGCAGCAGGGACAGCACAGAAGACCUUCCCUCUCUUUUUAAAACCAAGGACUUGGCAGGAAACAUCAGACAGAAGAUCCUGCUGGACUACAGCACAUACAUGUCAAAGUUGACUGUCUCUGACAGCUGCAGUCCUUUGCUCAGCCCCAACCACAGCACCACCAGCAGCCCUAUCAAAAACCAGAUGCCAAUCGGUGGGGAGCCCCAAGUGUCCUGGAUAAAUGCAUUGAUUGGACGGAUCUUCUGGGACUUUUUACGGGAAAAGUACUGGGCAGAUAUAGUUGCUUACAAAAUUCAGAAGAAAUUAAGCAAAAUCAGGCUGCCAUAUUUUAUGAAUGAGCUUACUCUCACUGACUUGGACUUGGGGGCAUUGCUACCUGUAAUCAUCCGCACUUCCAGCCCUUCAGUCAAUCAAAGAGGACUCUGGGUAGACUUGGAAAUUGCGUACAAUGGGGCAUUACAGAUGACACUGGAAACCAAGAUGAAUCUGUGCAAGUUGGGGAAAGAAUCAGUCCCAGAAGGGAUGAGUCUGGCUGACACAAAAACAGAGAGAUCAAAGCCCCGGACCUUUGUGCUGACAGACAGUGAUGAGGAAUCUUCAAGUGCUGGUUCUUCAGAUGAAGAGGAAGUGUCUACAGCAGAACUGCAAGGAACUACUGUUGACAAAUCAGGUUCACCUGGUGUGGAGGGGUAUAGCACGGGAAGCAGCACUAGCAGAAAGAUUCUCAGAUUUGUGGAUAAGAUUGCCAAAUCAAAAUACUUCCAAAAAGCCACUGAGAACGAGUUCAUCAAAAAGAAAAUAGAGGAAGUGUCAAACACUCCGCUGCUUCUGACUGUAGAGGUUCAAGAGCUGACUGGCAUGCUGACUGUCAAUAUCCCGCCUCCUCCCACCGAUCGAAUAUGGUACAGUUUCCGGACUCCACCUAGACUGGAAUUUAAGGUGCGACCCAAGCUGGGUGAACGGGAAGUAACUUUCACGCAUGUGACUGAGUGGAUUGAGAAGAAAUUGCAACACGAAUUCCAGAAAGUUUUUGUGAUGCCAAACAUGGAUGACAUCUAUAUUCCUAUCAUGCACUCAGGCCUUGAUAAGCCAGACCACUCCAAGCAAUCUCCAUCAGAAACCACCAGACAAGCUUCCUUUGACUCUAUGGACAAAUACUAA